AUGCAUCUCUGCCGAAGCCGCCCUGUUCUGGCGGCCCCUGCACCCGCUCAGUCUGGUUUGCCUCUCGAUUCCAUCCACAGUGGCAGAUCGGCUGGUGAUGGCCAUCGCAUCAGCCAAUGCUCCCAGCUCGUUGCCCGCGCCAAAAGAAGCGAGAAAACCGGCCCCGAGCGUCAUGCAUCCUUUACUCUCUGGGCUCCCGUACGCCCUGCAUAUGCAUGCGCCAGCGCUACGCAGCACUCUUGGUGGCACCGCCUAGAGCGAGCCACGAACCUUUGCUUUUUCUGCUUCUCCAGCCCUGCAUCCGCCGCUGCAGCCGGGAAAUUGGCCCAACAGCCACGCGCCAUGGCAGAUGCCCACCCGUCGAUUGGAUUGGGUCCUGGCAUCCCUGGCUGUGUCCGCGAUGCCGGGCUUGAUUUGACUUUGGGACCGCUCGCUGCGUGCCACGGUCCGGAGGCCAGGCCCAGAACCGCAAGCACUAACAGACGUGGCCGAAUGCUGUGCCGAUCGAGCUGGAGUUGUCCGCAUGCAGGCGUGGACGAAGCAGCAAGACGAAGCUAUUGGGCCGGGAUGGGGAAAGGCAGGAAAAGGCAAAAAACAAAAGAGCCGCUCUUUGCUUCUCCGGACACCUCCCUCCUCUCUUCUCGCUUGGUGACAUUGAAGCCCGCAUGUCUCACUUGA